AUGCACGAUUCUGAUAUAUGCAGUGAUCUCCGAUUUCCACAAUGCCCAAAACUAAGAAGCUUGCAUGCCCGUAGUUUUAUCCUUUGGUUUGCUGUUGCAGCUGCAACAGUCUCACCUGAAGCUGUCGGGAAGCCUGCCGGCCAAAAGAGUUUCAGGAGCGCCUGGAAAAGUGACCCCAGAUCUGAUCCUGUAUCCUGGCUGUUGCAGCACAUCAGCGACCGCGAACUGAGAAGGCUGCAACUCCCAGGUCUUCUUUCUAGAUUACUGCCCCCUCCACCGCCAGUUGAAGAUGUAGACAGUGCAUCCGGUGGCAGCGGCAGCAGCAGUAUAUUGCCUGUGCAACAGCAGGCACUUGUUGUACGAGGUGUAGCCUCAAUAGUGCUACAGCAGUGGUUAUUGCUGAGCGCCGAUGUACUGCUGCUGCUGCGGCGGCUGUUACACCCAGAAAAACAGCUUUGCCGGCGUAUCGGCGAGCACUCAGGCCACUCGCCGCUACUGGGAAGGGAACAACGCCAGCAAGAUGCUCGAAGAAAGAGAGUGAGGACAUCUGAGGUUGGCGCGCAGGGAAUGACGGAUGAGAAGGAUGCUGACGAGGCGGCCGAGGUUAUGUUGGCGAGAGCAGUCGCGUUGCAGCAACAACAGCGGCAGGGCAGUGAAGAGGAGUCGCAGCAGCGGCUCAGGAGACUAGGAAGCGUCUUUGCAUCCCACUUGCAAGCAGCAGAGUCCUGUGUUAGCGGUGGAAGAGACAGCUCCCUGCUGCUGCUACAGCGUGGUGUCCCCGAUCUAUUCAGCGCAUGCUGGGCUACUGUAUCCACUCCGCUUCGCUCUGGGGGACGUCGAACAGAAGCGAUUUCAUCAUCUGCAGCGCACCAGCAACAAUUCGGCUCGCACGAAAAGGCGCUUGCCGCAUUAUCCGCGGAUAGCCGUGCCCCUGGCAUGUCGUGGAGACGCUGGGCAUUGGGCAACCCCUGCGGUCCUGCUGCUGCUCCCUCAGCAGCGGCUUCGAGUGGAGCGGCAGCGGAACGCAGCGGGGCGGCAGCAGCGGAGACAAACAUCGAUAAUACACUGGAGGAGACAGGCCACGCCGAGGAGGAGUCUGCCGGCUUUGGAGACAUGUGGGAUCCUUUGCCAGAAGAGACUCAAACCGACGAGCUGUUUCAGCAAAAAGACGUUCUUCGAAAUGUGGAGCUGCUGCUGCAACCCGCUGAUGCUCUAGACGAGAACUUGUGGUGCAACCAUAAAGCACAUCGUCGUAAAUCGGUCAGUGCGGGUACUGCGCGUGUUGCAAUGAUGUUUUCUUCCGAAAAAGCGCGUCUCCUGAGGCUUAAUGUAUUCACUGUGCCUUCUGCUGUGUUAGGGGAAAGUCGUGCAACUAGAUCCCGUGAUUUGCCGGACCGAGCGAAGAACUUCUUUGCUAAUAGACCCCUUCGGUUUGGAAGGGCUCCCGAGACAUCUACAAGCUGCGAAACAAUUCUCGAACGCAAAAGCCAACAUGGCCGAGGCGUACCAGCAGGGAGGGCAGCGGAAGCACCAGCGAAAAAGCAUAGUAAUGACGCAUUUCAACGGCCCUCAAGCAGCCCAUCCUACCUAUCAGGACCAGCGUAUCUUGCGUCUGCUGCUGCUUCACACGCUGAUUUUCGGAAAGAAGCUCGAGAAAGCACAGAAGAGGAUCGUGUGUGGCAGCGAAGAAGCUGGGGAGGCGAUUUUACGCUGUACACUGAGGCAGAGCUGCAUCAGCACCAACAGCGUGAGCAGCAGGAUGGGACGAGAAACGUACAGAAGAACACCGAUAUCAUGAACAGUUCCGAAUAUGUGGAGGUUUUAAGGGGCAUUUUUGACAGCAGCAGCAUGCAGCAGAGAGCCACACAAACUCACCUGACCCAAAUUCCUAGGGAGUCGGAUUCAGCUUCCUCUCGGCGCGGAAGCAGCAGGAGGACAAGUGGCCUAAGUUAUCCCUCCUCAGAGCCUUCCCUCGAAGGUAUACCAUUUGAAGACUUCCCGCAUUUCGGCUGGUUUCCCUCUGAGCUCAGUGAAAAUCAGCAGCAACACGAGUAUCUUGAGGCCCAUGGGGCAGACACAGCUUCUCGGCGUCUUAGGGAGCUGCUGCAGCAAUACGCAUCAAGGCAUCUUGAAGGGCUACACCAUUCUACUUUUGACACCAUGCCGCAAGCACAGAAGCCGCAGCGACAAGAAUCAACAGUUCCGCUGAGCAAGCUUCUUCCAAGAGGUCGUGUUGACACUCGAACGGCUUGCUGCACUUUCUCGCAUUUGUUGCUUUUGCACAGACAUGGUUCGAUCAAGCUCGAGCAGCAGCCGCAGGUUUUAAAUACGCCCCUAAACAACCCUUAUCCUGAGGUGUACGUUCACAUCUCGCGACCCUGGUGCACGUCAGAUGAUUCCACGGCAGAAGCAAACCAGCGUGAUUCAACCCCGCAGCAAGAACAGCAGACACACGACGAUCUGCAACAACAUCAGGAGCCUCGUGGUCUGGGCACACAGUCUGACGCAAAAACGGUUACCACUGUAUCUAAUAGCGAAGACACUACUCCGCACCAGCACGAGAAGCAAGUACCAAUGUGUAGAAGCGCCACUUCCGCAACCCUAUGCCGAAGAGCUGAUAGGCACCUCACACCCCAUAGAGCUGCUUAA